CUCUCCAAAACCCAACUUGAGAAUCUCAGAUCUACCAGAAAAAAAGAAAAAAAAAAUUCAAUUAAGAAAAUUCAGGACAGCAGGGUGUUUUUCAAUGGAGAAGAUGAACCAAGCAAUUGAGAAAAUGAAAAUGCUGGUGGGAAUGGAGGUUGAAGAUGAAGAACAGCCAGAACCUUCCCUCAUCGAUGAUUUUAACCGCAACUGCACUUUGUCCACCAAACAGAGACUUUAUGGGUUUGCAAUUUGCUUAGCUUCUGGUAUAACUUGCACACUCUUGUCAAUGCUUGUUUUCUUCCAUCCAAUCAAAUUUGGGAUAACUUUCUCGUUCGGCAAUUUGCUUGCUCUUGGAAGCACAGCAUUUCUUAUAGGGCCUAAAAGACAAGUGACAAUGAUGAUGGACCCUGUUCGUAUAUAUGCAACAGCGAUGUAUAUUGCUAGCAUUGUAAUCGCUCUCUUUUGUGCUGUAUACGUACGGAACAAGCUAUUGACCUUUCUGGCAAUAGUGCUGGAGUUUGGUGCUCUAAUAUGGUAUAGCUUAAGCUACAUUCCGUUUGCGAGAUCAAUGGUAUCGAAGAUUACGACAGCAUGCUUUGACACUGAAUUUUAGGACAAGAUUGUCAUAAUCUGGCAACCAUUGUAGAGUUGCAAGAUGAAAAUUUGAGUUCGAAAUAUGGGAGUUGGUUGAAAUUAAUCUUUGUUACAGUGAUCAAAUGUGUAAUGGAUGAUGGAGUGAAUUCGAUUAUUUUCUCUUUGAAGCUGCUAGUUUUGCUACUUAUUACCAAUAAAUUUUGCAGAUAGCUUUUCGUUU